UUGGGCACACACAACAGGGCCAAGGAGGUUUUUUCGGUAACUUUAUUUCAAUACUUUACUACACCGCGCGGUUCCAGAAAUUGUCCGGUUUUCCGAUCGUCCCAGAAUGGGCCCUCUGCAGUAGUCCUUUUCGGUGGUCGCAGCUCCCUUCGGGUCCCCUAGGUUGUGGGGUACACCUUUCUGCGGAAUCGCCGCCGCGACAGAAGAAGUGCGUACGAUUCGCUCGGCGAAACGCGGUUCUACGUGUGUUUUCUAGCUUUUGGUGAACUGGUUGGCGGAUGCUUCUUCCGAUAGACUACUUCGUCGACGGCAAAACUUUUAUGAAUUUCCUGGUGUCGCGUGCUGCGAGAUCGGGUUGUGCUGUGUGUGCGGGUGCCAUUCGGGGUGCGCGUUAAGUAUCGAAACAUAAACAAGUGCCGAGUGGCGCGUGUUGGGAGAACCGAAAAGAGCUGCAACGCAGACGCAAAACCUCGUGAAAAUGUCCAUCCUAGUGCAAGAGAACGGCGGUGGAGGUGGUGGCGCCAAUCCGGGAACCAACGGGGCUUCCGUGGCGUUGUCUACCAGUGAUCUGACGCCGGCCGUGGAUGCCGAAGAAGAACGAUACGAUAGCCGCUGGAGACAAUGUUUGGAGCAGCUCUCGCAGAAAACGGUGGUGUACAGCUGCAAGUGCAGCUCUGCUCAAAAUGAGCCGGCAACGCAGGAUUCCAGCGAACCAGGGCUUCUCAGUGUUGCUGAAGCGCACGGAGAACACAUAUUUCCGGUCAGGUGCGGCUGCCAAAGUUGCCUGGAUUUGCGCGAGAUGGUCAUUCACCUGUACAACGAGGACUGCCACUAUAACUCGCUCUGGGAACGGCUGCAGCUCCUGAUGAAGCGAUACUAUGAUCUUAUACCCGAGUCCUCCGAUAACACGCUCUACAACUUGUACAUGGAGCUGAUGGCCAAGUCGUCGCUAAAGUGGCUAACCGAUGCGCGAACGAACACGGAGAAGAUGACCCACGUAUCGCUUGCUUCGAAUCUGCCGCUUUCGAACGAAAUGACGUUCUUGAAACUAUCGAACGUUCUUUUGACUCGCGAUCCGCAUCAACUGUUUGAGCUGCUCUGCUUUCAGUUACGUUCAAUCGUGCAAGCGUAUUGCGUAGGAUUUGAGGAACUUAUUGUCGAGAAAGGAGAUGGCGAACGCCAUUUUAAUCCUCCCGACAUGCUAAACUACAUCAUCGAUGGAUACGCUAAGCUGAUUGAAUCCGCAAGCACGGUAGCCCCUCUGCUGUUGGAGCUACAACAAUGCCAUCUACGCAAAUUCAAUCUUACCUGGCUUCUGGUCAAUCAGCGCAUUUUUCAGCGCUACUUCUACUGCGAGGUUCAGACCGUUUUGCAGGACUGCUUGGUCCGGCUACCAAACUCUUUACCGGAGCGCGAGUAUUGCGAUCUAAACAGCCGAUACAUGCUGUUUGAGGAAGAGAUGCGCAAAGUCACUCAAGUGUGGGGAGAAUCGUGGACAUUGCUCUACAAUUACCACAAAGAUCCGGAAGAUUGUGAACGCCGAAAACGCAUAAACACGGUUUAUGCAGUGCUGAUGGAUAUUCGUGAUUCAAACUGCACAUCGCAGGGCUCAGAGCUGUUCGAAACCCUAGAGCGACCGAUGGCUGAGUGGCUAGUACUCGAAAACAGAGAGUUAGUAUGGGAAUACGUGGUUCAUUGUCUCAAGACUCGGUGGGUGCCGUGUCUAAGCUCGCGACUGACAACGGUAACACCAAGCAUAAAAUGCCGCACAUGUCAACGUAUGUUUAGUGCACAUUCCAUCGAGUGCCAAUGUCAAACAUGCAUUAUAGGUGGUGGCGUAACGAAGGCCAAAAAAGAGCCAUUCUGCAACCGAUGUUCUUGCCUCAAAUCAGUUUUGAACAAGCAAAACAGCUUAAAAAGUCAAUCGUCUUCCGAGAUAUCGGACAGUGUUUACGUCAAUGGUCACAAUUCGCUGAAAGCUGGUCUUCUGAACGGCACGGAAGAGAAUGUACCCGAUCAAGUGCUGCAUCCUUCGGACACCGCGAAGGAUGGGAGCGUGGAUCUGCUAAGCAUGAGUGUAGUUCCUGCCAGUGCAGUUGAAGGAGAAGCGAUGUAUCAUAUUGCUUGGGCCAUGUUCCGACACAUUGCAAAUCGUCUCCCAUAUCCGGAGAUCACACUGGAAAGUGGAAAGGUUUGUGCAUUUCAUGCUGAGAAUUGUCCAAAGGUGGCAUGUCGCGUGGCAAUCAAUCUACUUGGAAUGCAGUACCCUCUCAACCUGACUAAACUGCUGCUUGGCUCGUACGAGCCUGUGAGUGAUGAAGCACGCCGUAUCACUGAAACCGACUGGAACGUUAAGGCUCGCUGCGUCUUACGUAAGCUGUGUGACGAUAUCAGCAAGCGACCCAAGAUCGAUGCUGAAGAUCGUAUGUUUCCACUCGUAUUAGUUGAUGAACUAUGGGAGACGACCAGCUCCUCGCCCAAUCUCUCCAAUCGCCGCGCAUCUGAGCUGGCUGAGUGGUUUAUAGUCGACACGGAACCACCAUCACGCGAAGUACUCAAACAAUAUUUUACAAAGUUCUUGUCGGUUAAAAAUGGUGACAUUGAGCUGGAUGUCGAUGCGUUUUUGGCCGAGCGUGCAGUCCGCCAUCGCAAUGCGGUAAUGUCACGCCGCUGGCGUGAAACAGUGGUUCAGAACCUAAACUACAAGUCCACCGAACUACUCACAUCUUGUUCGUCCUCGCUUUUAACACAAUCGUCAUCGUCGUCGUCGACGUCCUCGUCGUCGUCUACACUCUCGUCCACUUCUUGCCCCUCCUCCUGUACAAAAUCGUGUCCACAUUCGAUGGGCACGUGUGUGGCAAGCGCCGAGGCAGGCGACGCAGUUACUACGAUUAUGCAGCGAAUGGCCGUAACGGCGGCUGCAGCUUGUUCGUUCAUAGAACCGUUCGCUCGCCCGCAAAUAGAUGAAGAGAACGUUCAAUCUUAUCAGAACUGCAACCAAUGCUUGGACGAUGUCGUAUCGAAGAAAGAGGCUUUAGAUGAGUACCACAAUGAUCGCAAAAUUGCAUUCAUGGGCGUUUCAGAGUUGCUGAAGGAGAGUCUGGGUCUACCGAGUAGCACUCCAGAGGUAGCUAAAGCCCUACGAAACGUUGCCAAGGCCGAGGAACUGUUUAAAAAAUUCAUAUCGGAUGAAAAGAAAAAAGGUGACGGUACCGCCGGGUUGCCAAAUGGUGUGAAAUUGGAAGAAGAAUCACCGAAAAAAUCCCCAAUAGCGACGAACAGAAAGCCUCAGAUAAAUGAAUCGCCGAUCAUAAGUGUCAAGGAGACUCUUGCGACGAUUUCCAGCGGUGAAACGCUUCGCAUAAAUGCUACAUCACUGCCAGCGUAUCAAACAUUGAUUGCUCCAACGGUCGAUUUACUAAAGAAUCAACUUAAUCCGGCAACGGCAUCUGCUCCUACAAAAGCAAAGUUAAAUGAUCCAGUAAGCCUAGCCAACGUCCCACAUUCUGUCGCGACCGGUUCGGCGAAAGUAACAAUGUCCCAUCAAGGGAAAGCGAAUUUGCAACCUGCCAAGUUAUCCACAUUUGCGAAUAGAGCCUGUGAAUUGAGAGCACCAAAUGGAAUUGGUACAUCAAACACAGUAGAUAACAGUAGGGCAACAAUGGUCAACAAACCUAAAACUGUUGCAAACGCAAAGAGCAAUCCGAGACCUCUCGACAACAUCCCAAAACCGCCACCACCACCUUCGUCCAGCGAAUCGACUACUCCACACCACGGUAAGCCUUGCCCCUGUGGAAUACCAUCGCACGCGCCGCAUGCCUCGGCACCGAAUGGGGCCGGUUCAUCUUCUUCCAAGGCGACGCAAUCAACGGAGCAUUGCAGUGCAUCAUCGGCAACGUCAACUGCGCAUCAUCACCAUGCAUCGCACUCGAAAGAUGAUCACAAAAAGCCGUGCUACCACAGGGUAGCCCCAGGCAGCUGUUCCGGCGAUAAAGUGGACGUCUGCUACUACUGUACGCUGUUCGGGCAGAGUGUAUGUUUAGAGUGCAAUCACAAUCAACGAAGUAACGAAACCCGUGACCGUUUGAGGAAAAAAGUGAAGCAACUGCAAAGCAGCAAAGAGCAGCAACAAAAGCAGCAAACAACAGCACCCAUUCCGACGCAGAAACCAUCGGUGAGCGGCACAGCAAUGGAAAACGUUACCGCUGUAUCUGCAUGCGGAUCAACAGCCGUAGCCGUCAAAGGAUCAUCGCCGGGUGGCAAUGGUGCUGUUGUCACUGGCACUAUGAAGGGAGCAGCAGAAAAAACUGAUAAACAUUCAAAGAAAGCCGGUGACGCAUUUCAAUCAAUCGAGGAUAUUCUGCGUUUCAUUGAAGGCGACGACGCAGUCAAUAGCAAAAGUUCUGGUGCUACAACUAAAUCGACCGACGGGGCAAAACAGUCCGACAAGAAGAUGAAAAAGAAGCACAAAAAGUUAGAACAAAAAAUGAUUGCAAAACUGGGUGAGCUGCGAGAACAGUUCUACAACUGGGUAAGGGACGAGCAAAAGGCGAACCAGCGACUCGACAGUCAGUCGAAGUUUAGCAAAAAAGAACGAAAGCAAUUGCUGGAAGAUUUGGAAGAGCUACGGGAGCGUAAGAACGCGCUGCAAGAUGAAAUCAAUACGCUGGUCAGUACCAUACGCACCAGCGUACCCGAUUUUUCCUUCAAGUUGGAAGCAUUCCCUUCGCCAGAAUCAUCAUCAUCCCAAUCGGCGGGGAUGCCCUCUGGCACUAUGCCUCCGCCGGCACCGAAAUCUUCGAACGUUUGUUCCGCCACAUUUGCGAAGCUGCAGGAAACGUUCACUCUUAUACAACAGCAAAAGCAAUUGCAGCAGCAACAGCAACAGCAACAUCAGCAACUGCAACAACAGAGUCAACUGUUGGCGCAACAAUAUCGCCAAGGAACGGUGCAGGGUGACGAUCGUGGUAGCCGCCGCAUGGUGACAAUUAAACGCACGU